GGCGAACUACUUCUGAAUCAGAAUGGAACCAGUACCAGGGCGCCUCACCUCUCUAUCAUUUUUCCUCCUCAGCACCCUCAACAUGGAUCAUUCAGACAUGGGCUCUAUGGGCAAUGGGUCCACGAAUACUACGGCUGACUCGAUGUCGAUGAUGAUGAUGAUGGUACCCUACUUGCAUUUUACCAAGGGAGAUGCUGUCCUGUUCAAGUCCAUCACCCCAUCCUCAGCCGGAGCCAUAUUUGGAACCUGCUUGAUUUUCUUCUUAUUCGCGGUCCUCGAACGAUGGCUUCAUGCCUAUAGACGGGGAGUAGAAUUCCGUUUUGUACAACGCUCAAGACAACUCGAAAGUCAACUCUUCGUUCAUGGGGAAAAGUCCAAGGAAGAGCCGUUGGACUGUUGCGAUCCUCCGGCUUCCAAGUUCAUUUUAACUCACGAACUAUCCCGUGCGUUACUUACCGGGUCCACGACAACGCUACACUAUCUUCUUAUGUUGGUUGCCAUGACAUUCAACGCCUCGUACAUCAUUAGCAUCAUACUAGGCUCCAUAGUUGGGGAGUUUGCCUUCGGCAGAUUAUAUCGUCGUUGACGUAGGCAAGUUUUCUCCAAUGGAUGCAGAAGCACCCUGGAUAUGUACAUUUUUUCACAUUCUCAAUCCUUCUUCGUGGCGUUACCCACUAAGGAUGGUCUUUGUUUCCCAAACUCAAUUUGUAUGUAAAUAUUCAGUUUUGUAUGAAGUUCAGAAAGGACUCGGGAAGAGUUUCCCGCGAGAUCGCUCA